CCGCGUUCGAUGCGUCGACGCUCUUUUUUGCACACACUCAAAAUAAAGUGAUAUUUUUAUAUUAUUAAUAUGCCGUGGACUAGUACCAACAGAAUUUACGCGAAGCCUUCAAACACGAGCGGUGGAGAGAGUGUAAUGGCAGUGCCGAGUACAUUCACAUCCCAGACUGCCGCCACAGAUACUGGUGGCAGGUUCGAACUCAGCGAUCAUGGCUACGGCAAGAGUAGCGUUAAGCUGUUACAUGUCCACCGCGACAAUGAUUACCAUACAGUCAGAGAAUUUGAGGUCUCCACAGAAUUGAAGCUGAUCUCUGAAACUGCUUACGUCAUCGGUGACAACAAAGAGGUGGUCGCUACAGACUCGCAGAAGAACACCAUCUAUUUAUUAGCCAAAAAGCACGGCGUCAAGACUCCCGAAGAGUUCGGUGCUGUAGUUGUAAACCAUUUUCUGUAUAUGUACAAACAAGUGGUGGCAGCCAAGUGUCGAGUCGUUGAGUAUCCUUGGGAGAGAUUGCAGGCUGGCGUACCACACAAUCAUGCUUUCGUCUUCUCUCCGACCGCAACCAGAUGGUGCGAAGUAUCACAAACUCGGCACGAGGCUGUGGCAGUGAAGUCAGGAUUAAGCGGUUUAAGAGUUUUAAAAACAACACAAUCCGCGUUCGUAGACUUUGUUCAAGAUGAAUAUACAACUCUUCCUGAUGCAGCCGAAAGAAUAUUCAGUACGGUGGUGGAAGCUGAAUGGACAUAUGACAGCAUGCGCACAGCCAACUUUGACAAUGCGUGGCUGACCGUGAAGGAUGCCAUUUUGGACAAGUUUGCUGGACCUCCGGAUACUGGCGUAUACUCGCCGUCAGUGCAACACACUCUUUAUCAAGCAGAAAAAGUAGUUUUGGAAAAAGUACCAGAGAUCACCUGGGUGAGGAUGACGAUGCCCAACAAACAUUAUUUGAACAUCGACCUAUCAAAGUUCCCAGCUAACGUGACUAAAGGCGAUCCCCGUCACCAUAUCUACCAGCCCAUCGACAAACCAGCCGGACUAAUCUACGCCCAGCUACGGCGGAGACAAAAAAGUCACUUGUGACCAAUAACGUAGGAUAUAUAUUUGCCUGUUCACUAUUGCGUGAAUGGUAUUAAGACUUAUUAAGUUUAAACGAUUUGCAGUCACGACUAUAUUAAACUAAAUUUACCUACAAAAUUAGCACUAAUCAAUAAAAUAUAGUUGCGUAGAUGAUUUUAGAGUCUGCAUCAAAACGGCUGUGAAGUAUAUAUUAUGACUACAAAAGCUUUAAGUCAUAAAUGCAGCUACAGGUUACUAAAAAAUGACAAAUUACCUCAUUCAAUUUAUAAUUUAAAUAAUAACACAGAGGUUAUAAUUAAUUGAUAUAAUUUUUCUCAAUUUUGUAUAAU